GUUGAAGGCAGCUGAGAUUGUUAGAAAGCACUUCCCUUUCUUGAGCCACAAUAGGCCUUCCUGCCAUUUCUGCUUUCAGUUCAGCCAUGUCCUGGCCACCUGUUAGUUGCCAGUGCCUCAAAUGACUCAUGCACAGGCUCCAGGGAGCUGUGGCUUUGGGGAGGGGUGGUGGUUUAUAAGCAGGUGGUUUCACGGUGAUAUGUAACUGCAGGGCUUCAAGAUCAUGGUGGGUACAACAUGGGGCAAGGUAGUCUUUCUUUCUCUCCAAGAGGAUGGUUUCCUGCCUUCCUCAAAUCUCUCUUCUCCAAGAAAAAUACCUCAGGCCUUUAGCUGUCUGUCCUCUGAUGUGAUGUCCUUCUGAUAACCUCCUCCUCCUGAUUGCUCCUCUGAACUGGCUUUAGUUCAUCAUGCACUUUCCCUCUCAAAAUGCAUACCCCAGAGCUGAGCUAGAGGUUGUAGGACCCCUCAGAAGGAGGUGACAAAACUGUGAUCCCCUGAGUUCAUUUGCUUUCCAUUUGCAGAGAGCUUCCCUUCAGGAGGAUAUGGCUUCUCCCGGUGACAGCUUUGAAGAAGCUUGUCUCUUCUCUUGCACUUGCUGUUUAAUGGUGGAGAGGUGUGUAGGGCAGUGAUACUUGGUUUCUGGAAUUGCUUUCCCCCCAUAUUUGAGCAUCAGAACUACAGAACCCAGCACUGCUGUGAGCUGAUAGCACUGCUGUGAGCUGACAGUGGCCCGGGCCACAGAAGUAUACACAGCAUCUUAACCCUCGGGGAGCUUUCACUGGCAUCUGCGAAACAUCCCAGAGUGGUCUGGACCACCAUGGUGGGCUACAGUGUCAGGGCAGCUUCCUGGAGAAGAGUGGCCCAAGCUGGACCUAAAGCUUCAGGAGGAGUGACAGAUAAGAAAAUUGAAGCUUAGAGAAUCUGCUCAAGAGAAUGGCACCAGCCAAGGUGGGAAGGAGGCGGGGACUCGACAGCCUCUGGUGAUUCUCUUGGGCUGGGGUGGCUGCAUGGACAAGAACCUUGCCAAGUACAGCGCCAUCUACCACAAAAGGGACCGACCAGGCCUCUCUCCUCUCCCCAGGGCUGCAUCGUGAUUCGAUACACAGCGCCCUGGCACAUGGUCUUCUUCUCCGAGUCCCUGGGCAUCCCUUCACUUCGUGUUUUGGCCCAGAAGCUACUUGAGCUACUCUUUGAUUAUGAGGUUGAGAAGGAGCCCCUGCUCUUCCAUGUCUUCAGCAACGCUGGAGCCAUGCUGUACCGAUACGUGCUGGAGCUCCUGCAGACCCAUCAGCGCUUCUGUCACCUGCAUGUGGUAGGCACCAUCUUUGACAGCGGGCCUGGAGACAGUAACCUGGCGGGAGCUCUGCGAGCCCUGGCAGCCAUCCUGGAGCAUCGGCCUGCUGUGCUGCGCCUGCUGCUUCUGGUGGCCUUCGCCCUGGUGGCAGUUCUGUUCCACGUCCUGCUUGCUCCGCUCACCGCCCUUUUCCACACCCACUUCUACAGUCGGCUGCUUGAUGCAGCCUCCUGCUGGCCUGAACUCUACCUCUACUCCAGGGCUGAUGAGGUGGUUUUGGCCAGGGAUGUGGAGCGCAUGGUGGAGGCACGUCUGGCACGCCGGGUCCUGGUGCGUUCUGUGGACUUUGUGUCAUCUGCACACGUGAGCCACCUCCGUGACUAUCCUACUUACUACACGAGCCUCUGUAUCAACUUCAUGCACAGUUGUGUCCAUUGCUGAGGUCCUUGCCCCACCCACCUCACCUCUGCUCCAGAAAGAAAUGCCUAACCCCUUUCUACAACCUACAUCCGUGGGCGGGGUCCUCUUCUGGUUCAACUCCCUAUGGCCCUUUGGACUUUGUGGUCCCCCAGUAGAGAGUUCUUGUGGGCCACUGUGCUGGGACUGUUGUGGUCUGCUUAUCCUAGGAUCCUAGGGGGCA